CUGCAGAGACCAGAGCAGGUGGACCUGACAAGCGGCGACAACAGGACGCAAAUAUGUCCGUCACAGAGUCAAAGUCAGAGCUCUUUACCGUGUGCGGGGUCGACGUGGUGGAGUCCGGAGCCAAGGCCAGGGAGGCCCCCAGGAGUGAGAGCAGUGUGUUUGAGCACUACAUCCAGCCUUGUCUGGCGGAGAUGUUAGGCACAGCUCUGUUUGUGUUUGUGGGGUGUGUGUCUGUGGUCGGCAACGCGGGGCUGUCGGGGUGUCUCCAGCCUGCUCUGGCUCACGGCCUGGCUCUGGGUGUGCUGAUCAUGGUGUUUGGAGAGAUCAGUGGGGGCCACUUAAACCCUGCAGUGACGCUGUGUGUGGCCCUGUGUGGGGGGAUGAAGCUUGCUCUGCUAGCACCCUACGUUCUGGCUCAGCUUUUAGGCAGCAUGGUUGGAGCUGCGCUGGCCAAAGCAGUCUCCCCUAGCGCCAACUUCUCCAGUGCAGCCGGGGGGGCGUUUGACGUGGUGCAGACCAGCGGUGCCGUGGGUGCUGCCACGGUGGCAGAGAUGCUAAUGACACUGGUGUUGACGCUGGUGGUCUGCAUGGGCGCUGUCAACGCCAAAACAAAGACUCAGUUGGCUCCUCUCUGCAUCGGGCUCGUUGUGACGGCCAACAUACUGGCCAGUGCAUUUGUGUCUGGGGGAUGUAUGAACCCAGCCCGGGCCUUCGGACCCGCAGUGGCAGCGAAACACUGGGAGCACCACUGGGUGUAUUGGGUGGGCCCCAUCUGUGGAGCCCUCCUCACUGUCAGCAUGGUCAGGUUGUUUUUUGGUGACCAGAAGACCCGUGUGAUAUGGAAGUAAAUGGCCAUCAACACCCAAAUGGAAUGUCAAUGUGCUUAGAAAAAAUAUCAAUUUUAAAAUUGUUGCUGUGUAUACAUUAAAGUGUUAUGUACUAGUAACAAAGCACUGUAAAACUGUAUUUUUGUGAAUUAAGAGGAAUGCAGGUGCAUCAGUAUGUUAUCAAGGUCCCUUUGGACGUUUUAUUUUCAUUCUUGCUCUCAGAAAGUGCAUAAUUUAGCCUUGUGCACAUUUAUGUAUCUGUACCAGCAUUUGUGUGAUUUUGUUAUUCAGAAAACCAAAUAAAGGAAUAGGAUCAAUUAUUCAAUUUCUGUAUUUACAGCAGUCAGCAAUGUACCAACCAAGUUUUUAUAUUGUAGAAGGUUCAAUGUUCUUGAAGGGAAAAGUUUAUCAUGAUUGUAUCAUAUGAAAGUGAUGGAACAACUGGCCCGAGCCUGCCAAGCACUGUAUAUUGAAUCAUAUGUGAGUUUCACACCUUAAGAAAUCUUCAGUGUGGCGUUUGUAACGUUCACAAGAAUAUGACUUUAAAUACAUUACAAUUGAUGGACCACAUCCCUCUCCACACUUCAUCAAGGUUGAUAAUGAGUUGUUUGUGACUUUGUUUGAGUCAUUAACCUGCUAAAUAUCUUUGUUUCCUAUAGCCUCAACUCUUAUCAUGCGCAAGGUGCAUCUAUGAAGCUGUGUAGCCUGUGGCUCAGCAUUUUCUGACAGUAAAUGUCCCUUUUAAAGAAAAUUUAACUUCUACUCAAGACUAUGAAGCUGAUCAAAAGUUGCUUGUCUGUCUAACGUCUCUGCUCUGGGAGAAAUAAUGAAAGGUUGCAACGUCUUCGUCUUAACUUACUUAACUUCUUGUUCUGCAAUGUAGGAUAGGGUUUUCAUGAAAU